UCGGCCUCCUGUGUGAUGGAGGCCGAAAGGCUGAUGGUGCUGUUCGGAGACGACUCGGUGGAGGUGCACUACGCGGGGGGGUCCCGCUUGCUGCUGUCACCCUGCGGGUCCGAGUAUCUGUACGAAGCGGCGCUCCCCGCGGCCGCCCACCCGCUCCAGCCGGCGGAGACCACCCGCCAGCGGGUCGCCUUUGUCGUCAGUGCCUACCGGGAACAACUUCUGCGAGCGCUAGAUUUCCGGAACGCGUUUUCUUCUCGCCCGUACUUGCCUUCACGUAUUAUACCUCCAGAAAGAAAAAAGAUUCUUCUCAGUGAUAUCUUAGAAAUUAAAUGGCCUGACCCUGUGACAGCUGAUCUGACAAGAUGCUUAGACAAUGGCAGUGUGAAGAUCUCAUCUGUAGAUGGCUAUGCUCACCUUUACUUGUCAGAAUUGCCGCAAGAAUUUACAGUGGAGUUCUUAUGCAAAGUCAGCCAGUCAUCUGCAGCAUCCUCAUGCUCCUCUGAAAAGAACAGCAACUAUCAAAGUGGAGAUCAGUGUGGAACACCAAGUAAAAAUUCUGCUGCAGAAGUCUCAUCAAAACAAAGAAGAAUAGAGAAUAGGAGUAAAUGUGGUUGUGCUGAAGGUAGAUAUAAGGAACCAGCCAAACCAAAGGACCAGAGAAAUGGAGAUGGAGUCCCUUUGUUCCACACAAAUUGUUCUUCUGAAUAUGCUUGGGUUACACAGCGUUGGACUGUUUCCUUGUGCCCAGAAGAAUGGAAAUACCCUUUGUCCUUGGCACUAAAAUGCUGUAACUUACAUACUGUGGAAAAUGUAAUAAAGACAUAUGAGACAAACAGCUGUACAGCUGUUGAAGGUGACGUUUUAGCAGCCCCUGAAACACAUGAAACAGUUUCUUGUUUACCUACAGCUUUGCCAUUCAGCUGCAGAGCCCCACAUCUACACAGGUGGACAUUCUGUGACUUCUUUCAGAAUGAAGAUACGGAGUAUUCAUUCCAUCAGCUAAUUCAAGUAGUAUGGUGCCAGGGUGUGUUCUACAGAUUUAUCCAUGGUAGGACAAACAUUGCAGAAAUUUAUCCUGGUGAUGACUCGUUUUUCAAGUCAGAGGGAGAAUUUUUGGGAAAAUACUUUGUACGUUAUGCAAUCCAAAAAGGAACAAAAAAGGUGGAAGAAAAGAUGUAUUCAGCGAACAGCUUACCUCCAGAUGUGCCAGGACAUCCAUACUCAAUAUCCUCCAUUAUUACUCAGGCAACCAAAAUUCUUCAGUAUUGCUGCAAAACAAAACUGUCAUUAAGUCAUAAUUAUUAUCUCUGCUGCUGGAAAAUGGUAUCUGAGACUGAUGGACGAGAAAUGUUGCCAGUUUUGCUGCAUGAAAGGGUUAUUCCCAGCACAGGAAGACUGGUUGUGUACUCAGAUCAUAAAGUCCAUGCUGUUUUUUGGGAUAGGAUGACCCUGACUAUGGUUUGGGAUUUCAGCUCUUCCUGUAGUGAGAUCCAGAUAAAUGAAGAUGUAGGCUGGUGUAAGUUAACUACUCCUGAUGGGCUGCAGCAGCUAAUACAAAUAAGUCAUCCUGGAGUCUAUGAAAGGUACAUCAGAACAGCAAUAGAAUGGUGCAGAAGUUUGAAUGAAAGGAAGGAGAUUGCUGAAUAUACUGCACACUCUGUAACUGAAGAAAAUUGGUCUGCUGAUGCUGAGCUUGAAAAAAUACAGAGAUUUAAUUUUUUAUUAGACAAUAGCAACAUUCUGAAAAGGUCAUCUGCCACAAAAUCCAAUCCAUCUGGUAUCACUGUCAAAAAAGAAUACGGGGGUGAGACAGAAGAACUCAGUGAAGGUUGCGUCUUGGAGGCUUUGGAAAAAACUUCUAAAGUCAUUCAGGAUAUUGAAUCUCUGCUUGCUGCUUCUGGGAGGUGAAGAAGCCCUGUGUUCCAUGUCCUCACAGGAGCUGUCCCAGCUGUGUCUCAGGAGGCUCUGCAGGGAGAGAGGAAUGAAGGCUGAAGCCAGGGGGACAGGUUGCCACUAUAUUCCCACUGAAGUCUGUCAGGUGCCAGUGUAAUAUCAGUAAUAACGCCACUGCUAUAUUUGGUAUAGGCAAAGAGAACAGUUGAGAUAAUGGAGCACUGCUGUAUAAAUAGAUCAGGCCUGACCUGACAGUGCUGCUUUUAAUGCUUGAAUAUAUGUUCAAAUCAACUUGUUUGAUAAAUCGCUGCUGAAAUGACCAGGGUAGACACAGGAAGUUUUCUCUGUAAAGACAUGCUUUUAUUCAGAUGCCUACACCAAGAAGUCUUAAUAUCGAAUAAAAUGUUUCCCAAAUGCUUUCUA